AUGGAGGUGUGCAGUGACAAGAAGGACGACGGCGGCGGCGGGGGCAACAGCAGCAGCGGGAUUCCGCAUUCCGUGCAGCGGGAACUGCGUGCGGUGAUUGAGGAGAAGACGACGCUUUCGCUGAGGCUGGGGGAGCUGCAGCGGGAGGUGGAGAGGCUGCGAGCGGAGAAGGGCGGCGGCGGUGCGGUGGGUGAGGCUGGGCUCGCCGUGUGCCAAUGUCGAUCGCUGGAGCGGGAGAACAAAAUGCUUCGCGCGCAGCUGCUCCGCGAGAUUGCCGGCACGCAGCCACUACGGCGGACUGAAGGAAAAGUGACUGCGCCUCCGUCUUCCUCUCCGGAAACGGCGGGCGGCAUUGAUAGCGUGCGACUUCCCUCGGAGGGGCUCCUUCGUACGGUGCGGGCCGCAUUUGAGCCCGGCAGUUUCGCGGUCGACGAAGGCACUGCCGUCACGGUGGAGUACAACCACGACUUCCUCGUCGUGCGUGGCCCACGGGCGAGUCGGGAUGCGUUCAUGGCCCGGCUGCUGCACACCGUGCUGCGCUACAUGGAGGGCGCGCCGCAGCGGGGGUUUGGGGCCUCCGGGGACGCGGCGGCGGCGGCGGCGGCGGCGGACGAGCGGCGGCCCCUCCAUCUGCUGCGCCGGGCGCUGGAGUCGGAGCAGGUGGCGCGGGAGCAGGCGACGGUGGCCCAACGGGGCGCAGAAGAGGCGUGUGCCCUGCAGCAGGCCACGCUGAGCCUCGAACGCGCGCAGCACACGGAGGAGAGGCGGCAGUUAGAGGGGCGCGUACGGCAACUGGAGGCGGCGCUGCGGCGGGAGCGGGACAAACUUCACGUCCCCCUGCGGCGGCUAGAGGCGAACGACCCACAGACGCGGAACGCCGGUGGCGAUCGUCGCGCCGACGCGGUGCCCGCGGCCUCGCCCCAACGCGGCGGGGACCCUCCCGCGAUGGCGCUGCAACCGGAGAGGAAUGCCGCGUCGGCGACGAAAGGUAGCGGCGCUCCUGACCAGAGUCCUGCUGGCGGCAUCCCGCCUAGAGGUCACGCGUGUGGGGCGACGACGCAGCCGCUUCAGCGGGAGGUGGAGCUGCUGCGGGAUGAAAAGUAUCGUUUGUCGCAGCAGCUGCAACACAGAGUGGAAGUCGUGGAGCAGCUGCGCCAUCAACUGCGGGAGGCCGAGGCCGCGACGGCGCAUUUGUGCCGUGGUGUGUUAAGCUCGAGUGAAGUUGCGGCGAUGAUUAUCAGGGGGGCGGCGGCGGCCCCCUAUCUUGUGCUGCACCGGAGCGGCGGCGUUGAUGAGCACCAAGUGCGGGGGCUCGUGCAGGCGCUCUCAGAGGGCAGCGGCGGCGCCCCUCCUGCUGGGGCCGCUCGGCCGGUGGAGCAGCGGCUGGCGGAUGCAGCGGCGCUGCUGGAAAUAGAGCAUCGCGCGUGGAAGGAGGCCCUUGCGUUUGCCAUGGACGAACGCGAUGCCGCCCUGCAGGCACAGCGGGAGGCGGCGCUUCUGGCUCGCCCCGGCGCCGCCGUGGCACCACCGCCGCCGGUUUUGUCAUCGUCUGCAGCGGCAGCGGCGGAGGUCCUCGAGAAGGAAAACGUGGAGCUGCGCAUUGAGCUCCAGCGCUGCUUCGAGGACAUGCGGCGACUGGCGGAUUCCAUCGCGCGGUCCCAGGCGAUGUACCAGGCGGCACAGGAAAAACUCCGGGCGGGUGAACGGCGCAUGCACGAGAAGGAGCAGACAUCACGGUGCCUUAGGCAGCGCCAGGACGCUGCCUUGAUGGCUGCGCUGGAGCGGGAGCGGUCACUGGAGCUUCAGCUGCAGCGUCUACGGCAGAAAAGCAAGUGGGGCGCCACGCAGCCGCCGAGCGCCGCCGCCGCCGUCGUUCACGCCGAACCAAAAGUCGCGGCGCUGGCGCAUCUUGUGUCGACGCCGUCCAAGAAGAGCUGCGCGGCGAGUGGCGUUACACUCAGUGACAGCAGAAACUAUCAGCAGGGGCAGCACCAAAACAACGCCGACACGCAGGAGUGCAGUUUUAUUAGCAGGAGCAACGGCCCGCAGAGUGGACCCAGCACGGCAACAACGCCGCUGCGAGGGACGGGCGCGGCUGGAACGGCUACGCUCUCCUCUCCGUCGGCGCCACUGCGGAAGGAGAACUUCGAGGGGGCGCUUCACGCCAUCCACCCUGCAUGA